CUCUGUCACUGUCAAAGUUCAAUAUUGUCUUACAAGUUUAACUCAUGUUGUGCAAUUUAUCUUGCAAUUUUGGCAAUAUCUUCUACAGUUUUAUAACUCAGAAUCGUCGGUAUAUUCCAGAUAAAGCAUACUACAAGUGAACCUAACAAGAUAGUGUUAAAAAUUCAAAAUGCGGCUAGUAGAUUCAUCAAAACUUUUAGAACUUCAAAACAAACCUUCAAAUAUUCGAAAUAUUUGUAUCGUGGCGCACGUGGACCAUGGGAAAACGACAUUGGCGGAUUCCUUGAUAUCUAGCAAUGGGAUAAUAUCCCAGAGAAUGUCGGGAAAGCUGCGGUACAUGGACAGCAGGCCGGAUGAACAGGAGAGAGGUAUUACUAUGAAGAGUAGCAGUAUUGCCCUGUACCACUGUCUGGAACAGCAGGAGUACUUGGUGAACUUGAUAGACUCUCCAGGGCAUAUCGAUUUCUCUAGUGAAGUGUCAACAGCAGUUAGACUUUGUGACGGAGCCAUUGUUGUGGUUGAUGUUGUAGAAGGUGUAUGUCCGCAAACCAGGCUGGUUUUAAAACAAGCAUACUCAGAGAAUAUCCGAGCCGUCUUAGUUCUUAACAAGAUUGACCGUCUCAUAUUGGAAAUGCAGCUGACACCGCUAGAUGCUUAUGUCCAUCUGAUGCAGGUGCUAGAGCAAGUGAAUGCGGUCAUGGGAGAGUUGUUUGCAUCCGGAGUGAUGGAAAAUGAAGAGUCUACAAUGGAGAAACAGCAAGAAAAAGAACAGCUGAAUAAAGAAGACAACAACUUCUAUGACUGGACCUCUGCCCUUGAGGAUGCUGAUGACUCCAACCUAUACUUCACUCCUGAACAUGGCAAUGUUGUGUUUGCAAGUGCUGCUGAUGGCUGGGGCUUUACUACACAUACUUUCGCAAAACUAUUCUCAGAUAAACUUGGUGUGAAAGAGGAAAUCUUAAGGAAAGUACUUUGGGGUGACUUUUAUCUAAACACGAAAACGAAACGUUUUAUGAAAGGAGCUCAAGAGAAGGCAAAGAAACCUCUUUUCGUUCAAGUUAUAUUAGACAAUCUAUGGAAUGUUUAUGAAACAGUAGCCAUGAGGAACGAAAAGGAAAAAGUUCCAGUUAUUUGUGAAAAACUUGGGAUCAAACUUACAACGAGAGAUUUGAGGCACACAGACUCUCGGGUCCAACUUCAGUCAUUGAUGGUUCAAUGGCUCCCAUUAUCCAUAACUGUACUAAACAUGGUUUGCCACAAGCUCCCUUCGCCUAAGGAAAUCCUACCAGAAAAGGUCGAAAAACUGAUGUGCUCAAGAAUACGCGAUUUCGAAUCGUUCCUUCCCGAAACGCAGAAACUUAAAGAAGACUUUGUAGCCUGUGAUAGUAGUGAUGAUAGACCAUUAAUUAUUUUUGUAUCCAAGAUGUUUAGUGUUGAUAAGAGCGUGUUGCCUGAGAACAAACCUAAGGUUUUGACUGCCGAGGAAAUGGCUUUGAGGAGGGAAAGAGCGAGACAGCUGCGUGAGAUGAAGCAGAUUAGUGCAAACGAUGGUGUACCCUUAGAAGAGAAAAAGGAGGAUCAAGAAUUAGAGAAGGCAGCCGAAGAAGACGUCGACCAGCCUGUAUUCAUAGCUUUUGCCAGAAUAUUCAGUGGGAAAGUAAAGAGAGGCGAUAAAGUGUAUGUCUUAGGCCCCAAACAUGACCCUUCGAAAGUCCUCAGUAAAGAUUUCCAAAUAGAUCCCAAUAAGAAACUGAAAGAUUUGCAAAGCGAUGAGCACAUUACUUGUACAGAGAUCAAAUCGUUGUAUAUAUUAAUGGGAAGAGAACUGGAAUUGAUUGAUGAAGCAAUUGCUGGCAAUAUUAUUGGUAUCGGAGGUCUAGAAGAUCAUGUACUCAGGACAGCUACAUUGAGCAGUACAGUCGCUUGUCCUGCAUUCAGUGAGAUGCAAUACUCAGUGGUGCCGAUAUUGAGAGUCGCGUUGGAACCUACUUACCCUUCGCAAUUGGCUCAAUUGGUCAAAGGAUUAAAACUGUUGAACCAAUCUGAUUCUUGCGUCCAAGUGUUACUGCAAGAGACUGGCGAGCACGUACUUAUAACAGCCGGGGAAAUACAUUUGGAGAGAUGUCUUGAAGAUUUAAAAAAUCAAUAUGCGAAAAUACCCAUCACAGUCUCCAAACCUAUCGUUCCAUUCAGAGAAACAAUUGUAGAGCCACCAAAAAUAGAUAUGGCAAAUGAAGAAAUAGACUCACAAAAUGUUGUAGAUAAAACGGUUGAUAAAGAUAUAGAUCCGGUCAUAACUGUCUAUACGAAUAACAAACAAAGCAGAAUUAAAAUAAGAGCAAAACCUUUACCGACCGAAAUAACAGCCUUAUUAGACCGAUCAACGGAUUUACUUAAAGCAAUAUCGCAGUAUAUAAAAACAUUGCAAGGCUUGCACAAUAACGACAGACUAGAGAACAAACUAGAAGACUUACAAUUAAAUGGUAACAAACACAAACUAUCCGACCGCAUGUUGAAGUUAAUUCAACAAUUUAAGGAUGAACUCCAAAGUAUUAGUGAAAAACUUGGUCCAGAAUGGAAAGAUGUGGUCAAUCAAAUAUGGUCUGUCGGUCCUAGGAAUUGUGGUCCAAAUUUGCUUUUGAAUCAGACGGCAGAUUACAGUACUAAGUAUUUGCAUCAUGAAGCUGAGGUGAAGGAAGAUCCUAGGUAUGAAUACGAGAGUAGCUUCGUGAAUGGGUUUCAAUUGGCGUCGUUGGCUGGACCGUUGUGUGAUGAACCAAUGAUGGGAGUGGCUUUUUGUGUCGAAGAAUGGAUGUUAGAUAAGACUGUUGGAGAUGAUGCCUCACAUUUUGGACCUCUUUCAGGUCAAAUAAUGUCAGCAGUAAAGGAUGGUUGCAGAAAAGCGUUUCAGGCACAACCUCAACGUUUGAUGGCGGCAAUGUACAGCUGUGAUAUUGUCGUCGACCAGAAAGUAUUAGGUAUGUAUCUACAGAUAGUUACGGUCGUAAGUGCUUUUCUAAUUCAAUAAUAUUGCUUUUGUAUGAUAGUGUUUUAAAGAGAGAGUGAUCUUUUUUGCUUGAAAUGAGUUCUGUUCUAUUUGUUCUUAUAAAAAGAUUUCGAUUUAAAUUGCACCUGAUGUGGUAAUGCUAAUAAAAUCUUAGUUGAUUUUGAAUUGAAACUUCUGUGUGUCUUGAUGCUGCAUAAGUAUGUUUUUCUGAAUGACUAUGGUAAGAUUCAAAGUUUUUUUACCGUAAUCAGUGCUGAUUACACAUUGAUGCGAAAUUUCUAUAUUUGCGAACGAAAAUGAACGAAUCAUUAUGUUUGUUCAAAACAAGUCAAAUGAAAAGAAUAUCCGUCAAAAUUUUGCAUCGUCGGCAUCUUAAAGUCACUAUUUACUUUACCAUUAGCAACGAUGCAUUACGACGCAAAAAAACCUACUUUAUUCCUGCAAAUCAUUACACUUAAAACGCUCUUAUGGCUCUAUGUGAACGACUUGACGUUGCUCUCUUCACAGACAAUAGACGCUUGUUUCCCAUGAAUAGAAAAAUUAGAUUGACACUAAGGUCAAAUAUGGAGCAUUGAAAUCAGCAUUUCGACACUCGGAUCAUUGCUUUCACAGUAAAUUCGACAGCGUCUUAAUAUUCUUUUGUUAGAAAGUAAACGCUACAUAUGCUUUGGCUAAAGCUCAAACAGAUUCUCUUUCACGUUCACACUCUACAUAUUCUAUUUGGCUUUGUGACAAUUCGCUCAUUGCUCUAAAUACAUAGGUAAUUAUUCGCGGCUUACCGAGAGUGAAAAUCUCUACAAACACUGACCGUCCAUUUAACGCACUUAUUUCUGCUUUCUAAUGUUCGAAGUGUUAUAAUAAUUGUAACGGAUCUGUGAGAAAAUUGAUUAGUGCAAAGUUAUUUUCUUGAGCGAAUUCCGCAACAGUUCUCAUUAACGAUGAAUCGCGUUACAGUAGCGCUUCAUUAAAUCCUACGUAAAUAAUGGCGUUUAAUUUCUCCUUAAAAUUGGUAGAACUUAAUCACCUGUCAAUCAAACGAUACUCGAUAAUUAUCUUUGAAUAAGUUCAAUAGAAGCUUCUAUUCAGACUGCAUAUCAGAUAUCAUAAACAAAACGAUUAUUUGUGCGAGUUAAGUUACCGUGAAAUAGUUAUUACAUUUUUUGUUGUGUAAGAAGUAGUCUAAUUAGAAACAGUAGCCAAUCAGAUUUGUUGGUGCUGUCACCUGUAAUGAAAAUGAUUUCAAAGUAAAAUGCGUGUCAUUAAUAUUAAUUCUUUCAUUGGAACUAAUUUACAAUCGUCAUAACACGGAAUUACGGAAACAGACAUAAUGUCGGUAUUUCAAUCCAACGAUGACACCGAUAUCAUUUAUUAUUGUAAAAACAUGAUUUGACACUUAGACAGAAUUCAAUAUAUUAUAUAGGAAGCAUUUUGACAGUUUUUUUUUUACUGAAAAGCACUGGCAGGAUUGUCAUCAACAAAAAUCGUUAAGUUAAAUAAACGUGUUCGAAUUUUUAUGGUUUUGAAUUUGGAACACGGUUGUCCAAGCAAAGUGUUACGCUUUGAUACGAAUAUUUAUCCGAAUAAUCUGUAGUAUUUUUUUUUCAAAUUUUCGGAAGCAUUUUAAAUAAGACCAAAACCACCUUUUAAAAAGCUUGUAAGGGAUAUGAGUAUUACAAGAACUCUUGGUGAAACCCGAUAGCUUUUUAAACACGAGCUAAGUCGAUACGUGUUAUUUUUUAAUGGUAAAGCCGUUAAUGCGUAAGAAAUGCUUGUCAGUCGAAUUGAUGGGUCGACAUGUCGAUGUUGGCAACCAGAUUGUAUCGACACAUACACAAAACAAUUUUGUACACUUUCUACGAUUAUUUACUUGUUAGUUUCGCUUUCUUAGAACACUGUUUAUUUUAUAUCUUGCGAUGACUGACGCAGCAUUGUUUCGGCCUUCAAUGAAAGCAGCUAUUCGAUUUUCAAUCCGACGUUAAGCAUAUCGAAAACGAGAAAGGCUUUGCAAUCAGAAAUGUUUUCUUUUACAUUAAUGUAUUUAUUAGCUCUAAAGAGGUUUUGUAUGCAUUAAGAUAUUUAUGUAAUCGCGAGUUGGAGGUGUUUUUUUUGAUAAAGAGAUUAAGUUACUUACGAAGAUACUGCCUUAUUUAAAAAACAGGACUACGAGGUGAUUAUAUUAAUAACUUAAACACAUAAUUACUGUGUCUUAGAUAAUAUAAAUUAUAUAUUCAAUUACUCGUUAGGAACGGUAAUGGCGUCCACAUAUUCAUUAUUCAGGUUACCUCUCACCGUAUCGUAUCGAGCUCUGUCAAUAUAUCAAUACUAUCAGUACUUACUUUAAACAUGGAAAACUGUUAAUUCAACGGACUAACGCGAUUUUGUACGUAACUGUCCGAAUCGUAAACGGUUUAUCUAAGGCAAGUUUCGCGUGUGGAAUUCUCGUGAUAAGUAUAGCGGAUAAACGCCUUUUACGCUGUCAAUCGUGACGGAAGUCGCCAUUCGUAAUUGGUGGACGAAUCGGUUAUAUCAUAUUGGAUGCACUCCGGAGCUGUACGAAUCUCCGUGUAACCGAGUUGAAUAUAAAGAUUCGUUGUAAGCGUAAAAUUCUAAAUCGAAAAAUGACAAUUAAACCUCUUUUUCACGCCGACGUGUCUAUGUGUGCGUGUGAAGUAUGUUUUCAACAAAAAGAAAAAAUAAUUGACAGUCUGAAAUACCGAACCAGCCAAUACUAACUAUUAUAGGUAUAUUUAUUACACAUACAGCUAUUUUUGAAUGAAUAAGCUCAAUAUUUUAUUAUAAAACCGGUAAUGAUUACACUUAAGCGUCGGCUACCGUUUAAAUCAAACACAGUUACGUGAAUCACUUUAUGCAAUAACAGAUGGCCUUGAACGAUGAUUCAAGUCACCGAUCGUACGAGUAUGUACGCGAAACCUGUAUUUACUAUUUUCACUCAGCAAAUGAUUCUUUUACAGGUCCAUAAUUAAAAUGAAGUCAUCCUUCCAAGCUCAUUUUUCUGCUGUAUUAAUUUAUCUCUAUAAAUUGCAGUUGAAAAAAAUACGUCUCAUGUAUUAUUGCAUGGCGUCGUGUCAGCUUUUAUUAGUCUAUUUGUUUAUCCUGUACUUUUAUAGGAAUAGACCUUAUUUAGCUCAAAUAUUAUCGUAAUGGAUAUUAAUAUAACCUAUUUUUUUAAUACAUUCAGCAUCCUUUAUAAGUCAUGCAUAAUGCGAAGAAAUACGUUAACGUCGCUACGUUGUAGAGUAUUCUGCUGUAAAUGUCCGCGCUUUUCACCGAACACAAUGGACUAAGAGGCUAACCUUUCACCAGCCGAGAUAUCUAAACAACCCUUGCAGGAUGUCGUGACUCCGCGCCGGUACACUCCCAUGCAUAUUUAUGUACACGCUUCAAUCAUGGACAGAGAAAAUAAUGAUGUACAAAAACUGGGAAAGGAUAUCAUUAGCCAGUCGGAUGCUGCUAGCGGCCGAUACAAUAAUGUGGUCAGUAAUGAUAUCGGUAAUCGGAUCGGAUCGAUGUAGCUCACUCGAUAUUCUGUAAUCGACUCUCGCUCUAUUAAUGCUCAAUGCGUCACGUACACUCUUUUAAUACAUUCACUACAAUUCUCUCCGCCUUCGUUAAACCCUCAAAGUUUAUUUUACUGUAUAAUCAAAUAAAUAUUUACAACGACACUUAGAAUUUAUUGAUCAAUAAAAUAACGUCGCUUUGGGUACCGUGUCUUGCAUUUCACUUCCACUCCGAGAUAUGUGUUUUCGAGUUGUGAUUGCUAUUGUUAAGCAAUUCUUUUAUUUUCAGUAGAUACACAAAUUGAAUUUUGUAUUACAUUCGGUUGUAUUCUAUGGAUGUUGAGCAAUAAUUUAAUUGUAAGAAUUCGAGCAUGAAAGUCUAAUGCUAUCCGCUAUUAUUGAACCGAGUACCAUUGUCACAAAAGAAAAUAAAGAUUAGACGCGUAUAGGGUUACGUAAAGGCCCCAUGCUUGCGUAAGUUAGAAAUGUUAAUUUGAUUGUUAAAUAGAAAAUAUUUUUGUAAGAGCAGCAGUUAAAUAUUGUCACGGUGUAACCAUGAAAUUGUAAACAGAGGUUACAUCAAUAAUAUUGUUAGAGUGUUUGUUUAUUUGGUUUCACAUUAAUGGUCUAUGUUAAAGGCCAAUGUUGUCUUAUUUGUCUACUUACAUCGUCAACUUAUUAAUUAAAUAUUCCAAAAAUAUUUUUUUCUAGGAACAUUCCUAGUGACGUGCCUGGUGACUGUAUCUAUUAUUUUAAGUAGUACAAGUAUCUAGUACUUGUAACUUUUCACUACUCACACUAAACAGUAUACACUAACAUCUAAUACUGCCCAUACAUCAUAACACAACUAAUAUGUUAUUCAGCGAAACGUUUUCUCUAAUAAAACGCUCUCGCACAAUUCAUGUUUACGAGUAUUCCAACCUAGUCCGUUGUUCACUGUUCCUAAGGUACUGCCCCUUUCUCUUCAAUACCGUCCAUACUUUCUACAAGUAAUGCGUACUGAUUAAUUAGACACGAUUAGUAUCGAUUGAUACCUUUUUAAUGAUUCAUUUCUCUCGCGAAAGUGAGAUUUGUUUGGAUUUAAACUCGUUUUGAUGCGAAUUAUACAGUAAUUAUUUUAGUUACGUUUUUGGUAAGAUUUUUCCGACGAUUGUUAUUAUUGUUCAUCUUUAUUGCCUUUUAACUUUACGAUGCUUUGAAUGGGUUGUAAUUUUUAAGUAAAUAUCAUAAUUCUUGGGUAAAUGCCAAACAACCACUUAGCAUAAUCGCUUAAACAAAUUUUGUCUGCAAACAAAUACCGCAAAAAUACUUUCAUACACGGCGUAAUAGGCUACUUUUAUCAACUGAUGGCCCAAAAAGAGUUCCGUACAAAGCAAUGUAACUGUACCUGUUAGAGUAAUUUUAAGAAGCCUACUCAGUCUCAAACAGUGGUUUCUUUGAAGCUGCCGUAUCUUAAUUCAUAAUCUCCCCUAGUUCUACAAACACAAAUCGUAAAAUAUAACAAAUUGAGUGUUAGAUGGAACUCUAACGACCUUAAUAAAACGUCGCGACCUUUCCCAACAUUAAAUUCUUUCACCGUGUGCAAGCGCAUGACAAUGGAUCCACAUAUGUAUGUAUGGGGUGUUUAUGAAGUGCCGUUUUAUUUUAAUUGUUAAAUUAGUGACAAACGGAGUAGAUUUCCCUCAUUCUUAAUUUUUGUUAAGUUAUGUGUUCAAGCUUGAACAAUGUGUGGCGUUUUUUUUUAGAAAUGUGAGGAAUUAUUUGAGUUAUUUGCGGCUUGAAAUUAUAAUUGUUUGAUAUUUGUAAGUUUUGUUGCACAUGCAUAAAGGUGAUACUGAGGUAAAGAAUUAUAAAGUCAAAUUUUAUUUUUACCUAAUUCCUCACUAACGGUGACCUCUUUCUCAAUACUUUAAUUAAAAACUAAUCAUCGUUUUACCUACCCUUAUACUAACUGGAUAUUAAAAAGUUAACGAUACUGAAGCUCCGGUGGAAAGUCGAGUUUAUUAUGGAUAAACGACACUAAAAUGCAAAUAGCAGAACGUCAGCGAUGCAGACGCAUCUUAUCCGCGAGUCCGUUAUAUCUGCCUGGUGGCGCCUAACAACGGUGAAUUUUAAAUAUUUAAUACCUUUAAGGAAAACAGAUUCUUCUAACUUCUAGUUACGUCAUACUGCAGCUGUUCACGGCUCGGUACUCGAUGAACGAUGGACCAUCAAACUUUCGAUAAUUAUAUGCAGAACGGUAUUGUUUUGCCUUUCUACCAAAUUGAAAUAGCGUUGAUCACUGACCAAUUUGCAGGUUUACAAAUGGAUUUCUUGUAAUUUAUUUGGUAAAUCGAGGAGUUGUUUAUUACUUCAAAUUAUUAUUAAUAAAAUUGAAAAUAAAUUAAAUAGUGUACGAUGUAAUAUAUAUUCUGAAUGGCUUUUGUGAUUCACUCGGAAAGCAUAAGUCAUAAUGAAGUUGGAUCAUAAUAGCUGUAGCGAUUUCAUGGCCAAGAAAUAAAGGGGUAUUAUACGCUUACGGUUUGACGCUGAGAACGAUUAGCAGCUAUAUCCAAUUCAUCAACGGAACACAUUAGAAAUUCAUUCAUUACGGAUGAUGAAGACCGUGUAGCAGUGAAAGUUCACAUUGUGAAAUGUCUCCAGUAUGUCCAAAAUAAAAUUUGCUUCUAUCAAAAAUUUGCGGGCUCACACCACAGAGAAACGACCACAAAGUCGCUAAUGAUAGGAAAGUACCGCCACAAUAUGAGUUUGGACACUUUUUUGUGUAUUGUCUGCGAUUUUUCGAAGUUUCCGAAUCUAAGUGCUUUCUCUAUUAACUUUUUUCAUAUUUCCAUAUCAACAAAAACGUUAUUCGAUGUGAGUUUCUAUUUGCGUUCUAUUGUCACAUGUUAAUCGUUGUUAUUAAAGUUUAUUUUGUUCUUUUACUGUUGUUAUUGUAUUAUGUAUUCGUGAAGCGUAACUUUUCGAGAGCAAAAACCUGAUUGAAUAUGAAAAAUGUCACCGUAAUUUAUUACCGCGGCCCUUAAUAUAAAAAUACCCAUAUUGCUAUAUUUUUUGCUGUAUCUUUGAAAGGUGCUAAUGACCUAACUACUGAAAAUAGUUGAAUUUAGUCAAUCAUAGUCUUGUUUUUUGUUUUACAUAAUCUUAAUGGAACGCCAUUGUUUAUUUUUUUGGUUAAUUAUAACUUAAUGGCUAUAUGUAAAAUCAUUUUCUUGGACUUUGUGAUGACACAUCGAUUUCAUACAAAUUGUUGGUAUUUUGAACUUUUUGUGAAGGUACUAUUUGACAGAUGGAACUUUUAAAAUGAUAGGUACAAGAAUUUCAGACUAAGAAAAACAUUUUGUCAUUGAAUCUGAGACGCUUUUAAAUGAAACGGCAGUUUCACUAAUUAUCUGAUUGUUGUGCUUUAAUUAUAUUACCUAACCUAAAAGUAAUCUUUUUGAAUCCGAACUAAUUUAAUUAAUUUGAAAUAGCAUGAAAUGAACUGACAUAAUCCUUAGAGCAAUUAUAACAUUUUUGUUACGUACAAAUACCAGUAUUGUUAUAAAAAGCAGUUUGUAGUUUAAACAAACGCAAUAAAUUACGGCGGUGUAUUUUUAAACGCAUUGCGAGAGUUUUCUGAGUUCAUUAUCAACAAUAUUGCUUCUUUAUGCUUAAUUUAGUACCCUGUGAUGCGUUCGUAGGUACUGUAAUUAAAACCGAAUGUUCAUCAAAUAGAAGCAGCAACUUUCCUUGCAACGCCUCUACUAUUUUCGUACUUCAAUGUAAUAAUUAUAAUUUAAUACGAGCGAUGAUUAGUGGGAAUGCCUUAAACGUUCAUUACUAACCAUUACUGGGCAAUAGAAACUGUCUAACAUGUAAGCGAGUGUAAUAAUUUAGUUUACAUAUAGUCACAGGGCGUAACACAUUGUACUCUUCUUGCAAAGCUUUUUACAAUCGUAAUCCACUUCAUCGAGUUUCUAGGAAAUAAAUAAUUCAUAGCAAUUUGCACGGCUAAUGUGAGAACAUGCUUAGAGCUGGUGAAUGCACACCAACCUUUCUCUAAGGGCUCAUUAGCUCGAAUUUAUGUGCUCUCACCGUCCGCCGGAUAACUUGCAAGCCAUAUCGGAAAGGGCUUUUAUGUCACAUAUUUUACACCUAGCGUGUGUGCGGUACGAUUUAUGUAUUGGUUGCCUUUAACUCAACCUCGCGACAUUAACGGGCACUGCGUGAAAACAAGUGGUAACUAACUUUAGAAAAGUUGUAGCUAUUAGACUGUGAACAAAUUGGAAAAAAGAUAAU